AUGGCUAAUAGCCGGACACUUUAUUUGACUUCAAUGUGGUCCUUAGAGGACCGAGGGAUCCCAGAACUCCGAGACAAGCUCAAUGCAUUGAAUCCCGGUGCCUCGAUGAAGGUUGAAUAUCUACGUGAUAAACAUAUUUUGGUUGUCACUGGCCAGUUCGAUGAAGAAUAUGAUCUCGAAAUCACCUCGCUGCUUGCAGAAUAUAUCGAAGAGCAUCGCAAUGAUGAUCUACUCGAUAUGCCGAGAGUUCGUCAACUUCCAACCUCAGCCUACUUCGAUCCCAUUCCCCUUCCCGGUUCUGGAAGUGAUGCACAGCCAGAUGUGGAGACCCUAGUGGAGGAUAUUAUGCCAACACAAACCACUCGCGAUGGACGCAUUGUCAAAUUCUGGUAUCCCUCGCAGGCGGGAUUAGGCCCCAUCUCUCGUGACUCGGGCCCUCUAUUAUCUCGCAUUUCGCAAAUGACGGAAACGCGAAUUACAGUGCAGGGAACUCGAGGACUCCGUAUUUCUGCACAAAGCAUGGACAAAAUCAAUUAUGCAGUUAAUACACUCGACUCCGUUGAGGAAUGCUUGGACCUCAUUGAGAACCCAAACCGAGGACUGAUCAUCUUCACUCCAAAACGAGAUAAUGCUACCUUUCGCAUCAUGCCAUAUGAACAGAUCAGUGUCACUGCCUUGUGGCGGAUUUUAAUUGACCGAAAUGCUCCUCUUCGCCUCCCAAAUAUAAUGACUCUGGUGGUCUGUGAAUUCGACGAGCUUGCUAAUGAAUUCCGUCCACUUCGUAAGCUUCGACAGCCGCCGCAAGUGUCUCUGAAGGAAGCGAGCAUAACACGAGACUGGGAAGGCCAUCAUGUUCCAGAAAUCGGUCAGAGAAACGAUCCACUCGGAAAAGUUGAUCAGCAUCUCGCGCCCAAAAGUGAAACCCCUCACGAUAAGAUCGAUGCUCAGCACCCGUAUCUCUCUACUGGGAAGGCCAAAGAUGUCAGCAAAUGGAUUUCUCAAGAUUUUACUAAAGGGGCUUUGGCAACCGAGGGUCAUACGAAAAUACCACAGGAAGAUGACCCUUCCUCUCCUGACUUUCCUGCGUCCGGUCUUGCACCUGAGCCCGGCGUUUCCCUCUCAUGGCGCCAGAGACAGUCUAGUCAAUUCAAGCCCAAACCUCCAGGUGUCAAAGGACGCGUGAUUAUGUUGCCAGAUGGAACUAUAGCACUCCCAAGCCAGUCUCCACAAGAAAAGCCACUGGACGCACCUUAUGGCCCAAACAUCUCCGUGUUUAGCAGACUCAGCUACAGGGAGAGGGUCAGGCACCAACAGUUAGCCGGUUCGUCCGUCUCAGCCUCUCAAGAAAAGAGACCCGCUGGUACCCUCCGCGGCGCGACUGACUCCACUGCUCCAAGUGCAGCUUCCAAACAAUCGGGCAAAAUGCCCGAGGCAACCGGUCUUGCAGCUUCUUAUCUCACGUCUACUCAGGAAUCAGAGUCAAAUGACACCCUUGGUCUCCCACUAUUAUCCACUCCUUCGGGUGCAAUCCCCAAACAGCUGGGAGAGACGUCAGACCUCGCUGAUCCUGAUCUGAAUAUCUCUCCCACUAACCAACAAGAAAAGCCUUCUAGCACUCUGCAUUCACAAACACGCUCUAGUUCUCCAAUAUUCAACAGGGUCCAGCCUCUCGGUAUACCCGAGGUAGCGGAAUCACAGGUGAAUACAAAGCUGCAAGGUCGCAGUGUCGAUGCAGUGAUGGGAGAGAUAAGGCUAAUGCUUGAAAAGGCCAAUAUUACGAGGGAAACUGGCGGAGAGGAAGCACCCAGCAAGCCAAAGAUAACAAAUCAAAAACAGCCAAGGACCAUAUCUACUCAGCUGGAUCUCAGCACGGAGAAAACAGACAGCCUCGGCCCCCUCAUUGAUCUUGAUUGCGAAGUGAGAACCCUUAAUAGUGGUAUUCAGCACAUUGCUGCAUUUGGCCCGCUGGCCACAGCUCUAUCGAUUGUUCCUGGGCAGUCUACGGGCCCUGAGCAUGACCAUUUCCCUCAUGGUGACGCUCCCACUUUUGCUGAGACUGGUGAUAUUUUUGAUAUGCCCAAUAUCGACGAUACAACUAAGCAACCUGAGAUAACUCGUGGUAUCUCCCCUUGUCCUGAGAGAACCAGGGAUUCGAUUAUUCCCCGUGAGGCGACAUCAAACCCUGCUCCUAGAGAGCCUACUCAACCAGGGUACACUGCAGAUAUGUCAUUGGCCGGUUCAGGGGCUGCUGGCUCUUCUCAAGAGAGUGAUGCAUCGGAAGACGAACAGAUUCAUGAGCAUGCUUCUGAGCCUCGCAGCAAGGCCGAUGAGGUAGCGAUGGAAUAUCUGCUCCAGCAGAUCAAGGACAAUCCUAGCCCAGAGGUUCUCAGUAUUGAGGAGAUUGCGGUACCUCUUGAUGCUACCCUUAGUGAUCCUGCGCCUCGGGGGCUGUCUCCUGACUCGCGUGACUGCACUCUGCACUAUGAUGUUCAGCAACGUCAUAGUCCUAGUCAAGGGAGUGAGAAGGUGCCAUUUCUUCAUCCAGACCUCAUUGAUAUCUCACCUCAGAUGCUUUCUCCUCGUUCAGGGGCGUCUAGUGGUGACUGUUUGCAGAAGUCCAGCUCCAAGAAUGAUGAGCACGAUGCGGAACCAGUAGUUGAUGAAAAGCUAGCUGUCUCGGACGAAGCUCAGACGAGAGGAUUCCAUGAGACAAUGUUCCAUCAGCGGCCUUCUGACAAGGCUUUCCAAUGGGUGGAUGAAUUAACCAAAGCAGUGAAAAGGCCAAAUAUAGAAAUUCACACUAAUCCUUUGGAGCGAGGGGAAGACACUGAAAUCAACAAAGAGAACAAAACAAAGGUCAAAGCUCCCAUUGUUAAACUCUGGCAGCGAAGAACAGGAUUCAAAUCAAUAGAAGCACAGCCAAGAAAAGAAACUGUUUUACCCAUAAAUGCGGCUGUGGAAUUAUCAAAAGAAAAAAAGCUCAUUUAUGAAUCGACACAGAGUCUGUUUCGCUUCCUAGAACCAAUUCUUGAUGCAGUUCGCAGUUUUCCUGGAGCUUUAAGCUUUCAAAUCCAGUUCGGUCUUAUGUUCAUGCCCAGUUUGCCAGCUUCAACGAAAGAGAGGGAGAUGAGCUACAGGGAGGUCCACCAGCUGUUCUUCUCUGAGCAUAACUUGACACCCCCUCCAGUCUCAUUCUUCCAGCGCUUGACUUCAUCUCCUGCGGAUAUUGACUACCUCAUUGAUUUGGAGGUCAACCAAUCUCGCCUGUUUGAUCAAAAGUACAGCCAUCGAGGCGUGAAAUACGAGUUCUGGUGCCGCGUUGGUCCGAACAGGACCAUUAUUAUUUCUGUCAAUGAACUUGGAGAUGCUAUGGUCCGCUACCCCGAAUUCUCCCUAGGUAGCGUGCAUUUGAGUUUCCCCUCCCAAGUGUGGGAUGCAGCUGCUAGAGUACAAGGCUUUAUUGAAUACAUUACGGGGGCUGACCCGGAGCUGGACGAAGCUGCACGGAUGAUGGCGAAAAGCAUCCGGGUAGAGCCAAACAACCAAAAUCUUCGUAUGCUCGUCCGUGUUCCCACCGAGUCAAAGAUCAGAAUUGAUCAGGUGUUUAUGGAACGGUGGAGCCGUCACCCUUACUGCUCGGAAAGGAGCAAGGACUUGUUUCUCCAAAUCAGCGAAACCCAAGAACUCUUUGGCACGCCCUCCGUCCUGGAUCCGGAAAUCAAGGUUUUUCAGAACGCUCCGCUUGAGCAAAUGGUCAAGGAUGGAAAACAGUGGUGGCAGGCCUCGAUUGUUAGCAGCAAAGUGGACGAAAUUUUAAAAUCAAAUUCCUUCCUUGAACCUGGUGAACACAACGAGUCCUGGUGUCCGACAGAUCUCCUUGGUGCAGAAAUCAUGAAUUUCAACCCCUCUACUGCUAACGAGGGGCUGAGCACCCUCGGAGCCGAAGUUGGUCACUCGGGAAUCGCAGCAAUGUUCCAACUUGCCAGAACCGUCGUGCAGAACAUCGAUGCUGUGGGGUACUGGAACAGAGGUCCUGCCAGUAUUGAUAAGCGUACGAAUACGUCAAAUGAGCGCAGCCGCUCUGGUACAGGUACGGUCAAGGAGUCGUCCAGUCACUUGGGAAAGGAGUUAGUUACCUGGGUUCGGCCAUCCAAGCACAGGUGGUGA